AUGGAAAAUCUCAACGGGAAGAAGAAGACAAUGGGGCGAAGGAAGAUCGAAAUCAAGAAAAUCGAGAAGAAGAGCAGUCUCCAAGUGGCGUUCACCAAGCGCCGCGGCGGGCUGUUCCGCAAGGCCAGCGAGAUCGCCGUCUACUGUGGCGCGGAGAUGGCGAUCCUGGUGCAGUCCCCGGGCGGGAAGCUCUUCUCGUACGGGCAGCCCUCGGUCAGGGCCGUGGUCGACCGCGUGGACCCCACCCCCGCGACCGAGGCCGGGCGGAUCCCGUGCGAGUACGAGGGCAGGGUCCAGUACGAGGAGGCGAAGAGGAAGCUGGAGACGGAGGUGAGGAUCGCGGCGGAGAGGGAAAUCGAGGCGGGAUUGUGGUGGGAGGAGCCCGACGAGGGUUUGGAGCUGCAUCAGCUUGAGGAAUUGCUCAAGUCGUUGGAGGAUUUUUGCGGCGAAGUUGCUGAGAGAUUGAGUGUUUAUCCGCCACAGUUAUCACUUCCACAGACUUCUUCUUCGAUUCACAAUUAUUACACAUUCAUCUCAAAAAAUUAG